AUGGCCACUGCGCCCACCAUCGAUAGCCCUGCCGAUGUUCCUGUUGCCUCGUCUGAACCUCGCUUUGCCGCCGCUUCUCACGAUGUCGACCUCGAUGCACCGAUUGUAAAUGGCACGGCCAACUACGGAGAUAUCGAGAACAAGCACAUUACGAACAUCGAAGACUCUUCAGCUCCCACCGAAGCCAGUGUUAGCGGAGGUUCCGACACCGAAGCCUCGCGAGCUGAUGGAUCUAGGCAGGGCAAGGAUGAUGAGAAGGGCCACAACCGGGCGGGCUCAUCUAUCAAGAAGCCGGCAACAUUCAAGGCAGUAUCAGUCAACAAGAAGUUCCUCGCGUCCAAGGUGACCACCCCUGGGGCUACGGCGAAAGCAGGCGACAUCUCCCGACCGAGCUCGAGCACCCCUCCACCAGGAGCCUCAACACCGAGCAGCUCGAAGCCACGGCUGAUUGCGAAAACUGCGCCGGGGGCAGGGUCGAGAUUAUCAUCUCUAGUUAAUGGGGGGAAACCGGCAUCUGCACCAGACGCAAGCGCCGUUUGGAAUAAGAACAGACCCGUUCCGGUUGCCGACCCAAAGAAACUCACAGAUGAAGAGCUCAAGAAAUAUGGAAUCCACGUGGCUAGUCGCCUUGAGGAAGAUGAUAUUCAGGGCCAGAGUAAAUGGGCAGAUCUAGACGAUGACGACGACGAUUGGGCUCCUGAAGCGAUCACUUGGACUGACGGAACCAAAACUACGCUUCCACACCCGGAGGAACACCCCCCUCCUAAUCCCACUGUUGCCGAAAAUGGACCAGCUCCAGUGCCGCCGAAGAGCCUUGUCCCCGAGAAAGCACCAUCUCCUGCGCCUCCCCCCGCUACGAGCUCACCACUUCCGAAGCCUUCUGGGCUAGCUUCCGGUCGGGGAUUGAAACUUAAGGCGUCGCCCCAGGAGAAGCCAACUCUAGUGGCAAAGCCACCUGCCCCUCUGCAGCCUAAGCAGUCCCCCUGGGCUACCCUACCGCCCGUUGAGAAGGCGUCUCCUUUAGUAGCUGAGCCAGGACCGCGCGGACAGCUUAAGGAUUCGAUAUCCCAUAAAGGUGGCCCUCCAUCUGGGUUGCCGCCAAAGGAGAUGGCUGCAGAUGAUUUUAGUCGGCCGACAUGGAGAGAUGGUUCUGUCCAUGCCAACCGGGAGUUGUUCAACUCUCAAUCUGGACGGUAUGAGCCUGUGGCUGAACGACGGGGUUCACAAUCCAAGCACCCGGCACUGCUGCAACGUCCCGUACAAGGUGACCAACCCGCGGAGCCAUCCAGCUCCUUUCAGACCUAUAGGCAAUCGCAAGAUGGGCAUUUUGGUCGACGCCGGGCUUCUUCCAACAUCAGCGGUGGGAGUGGUUCGUUCUAUCGGAUGGGCAAGGGCAAUGAAGCCCACAUGCCAGGUCACGAGCACCUAGAAGUCCGGAGACCUUCUCAAGCGGGUUCAGCUGACAGCCCAGUCUCGCCCGCUGCGAUGCCUGCCCGAUACCAAACGUCCCAAGGCUCAUGGGGGCCGCAAGUUUCGCCUAGACCCAACUUCGCACAUCUCCAACAAGCUGGCCCUACAGGGCCUGGCGCAAUGCCUGCACAGCAACCGGCCCAGCAGGGUGUAGAUGAGAUAGAAUAUCAGAAAAAGCUCAUGAGAGAGCGUAAUGAGCUCGCCCGCAAGCGCCGCAUGGAGCAGGAAGCAGCCGAGGAGGCCGCUAAGCGAGAACGUAUCCAGAAGAAGUUGGAAGCAAUGGGUCCUCCCCCACCAAAGAAAAGCGACAAGGUCGAGCCUCAGACAGGAAGUGACGGACCAAAGCCUACACAGAUCCAACAGCGUGAACAGUCUGAGACUUCUGCAGGACCUAUUCAGCCACCCACCGCCAAGUCUGAGGAAGCUACCCAAGCUCCCGGCGAGUCCAGUCCUGCUGCGGCACCUUUGAAUACAGCCGUGACGCCAGAGGCAGCUUCUAAGAGGCCUGCUUCCGACCAAGAGACAAAACCGGACAUUUGGACCGGUUCUAGGACGCGGACUGAUCGGUUUACCCCAUGGGCCCCAGGCUCGCAACCCCAGACGAGAAACGUUUGGGGAUCUCCAAACAAUGACCGAGGACUCGGUAAUGGGACGUUUGACCCGGAACUUGGUCGAGCGCUCAAUUCAUCCGGGGCAUCUGCGCCAAUUGGAAAAGGUCCUUCGCCCAUCGCUCCUCCUGGACCAACAAGUCCGUCGCAAUCUCGAUCAAAGCAGCCUCCUGCACCAAUCGGGUCCAGGCCUUCUCGUUUUGUGCAACCCGUGUCUGACCUGGCUUCAAAGUGGGUUGCCUCUGUUGCUGAGGGUGACAAGGCAAUCAACGCAGCGAGACUUGCUGAUCGAGCCGAACGUGAUCGCAAGCUAGCCGAGCGUGGAAUGACUGCCGAAGAUGUUCAGCCUGUUAUCAAGGAGACAUGGCGUCCUGUUAAUGUCCCAGGCGACGGGACACGGCAGACAAUGAGUGCAACCGAUCCCAACGCUUCCCACAAGGGUCCUUGGCAAGCGCCUGGGGACGUUCCUCCGAAGGAAGGCUCGGUUGCCUCUCAUGCAGGAGUGAUCGGCACUACGGGCAAUUUAGUCCUGCCACACCCAUCUCCGGGAACACAAUCUCAGUUGCGAUCCUCGCGUUUCUUUCCCGCCAAAGAUGUGCGGUUGGAGGGGCAAGCCACUGCUCACAGCUCGCGGCCUCAAUCGCCCUCGCCUCCUCCCCCAACCACGGAUGACCACCCGGCGUAUGAAGGCAAUGUGAUGCACCCUCACGUUUCCUUGCCCAAACCACAGCCCAUUGUGAAACUUCCUCCUUCUGCCCAAUCAAGCCAGGCCCAGCAGCAACCACAGCGGUCGAAUUUCGCCUGGGCGACACCGGCUCCAUUUAGGGACAGCACACGAGCACCCCCGCAGUCCUUGCCGCCUGCUCGCCGGGCUGGAGAUGUGUUGGAGAGGGAUUGGCAGAAGAAAUUCGAUAACCUCUUCAGCGACGGGAAGCACCAACACCAUAUGCCAAGCCAUCCCCCGAACCAUCCUCCGAGUCACCCUCAGAAAUCGCUGGUCGUGGACGCUGCCAGUAAGAGCGCUCUGGACCACGUCAUCCAACCAGAUACGGCUACUGUUUCACUGCCUGGUCGCACACACACCUCUGUCAUGGAUGUUAUUAGGAAUGCAAUCUCCAAGCCAAUGGCCGAGGAGUGCUUCGAUGAGCCUGAAAUCGGGUCUCUGCCUCAAGUACGGGUUCCUCACAAGGCCCCAGAGGCAGCUUGGCAUCCGGCCGAAUCCCAGACAAAGCCUCUACCAAAGCGAUUUUUGGUCCAUGCGACGGGCGCAGAGCCGCUCUAUUUCUCAGCUGAAGUGGCGGGCAAUGGCAACGCUAUGCAUAUUUACUUCCCAGGAAUGUCGGAAUCCAGAACUGUGGUUCUUCCUUUCUCUGCUACCCGUGGAGGUCGCGGCGGUCAUGGACGUGGCUCAAGAAGCCGCGGGGGCCACCGUGGAAACCGAAGGGAUAACUCUAGUCAAGAUGACAGAGAAACCAGCUCGAACCAUUCUGGCCGAGGAGGGCGAAGUAGCUACCGAGGUCGACGAUCGGACAACUGGGCCCGAUCAACACCUCCCCAUUCCUCACCUAAGUCCUCAGCGCAGGCAUAG